AUGAAUAAUAGAGGCAAAAAGGGUGUGUGCACAAUUGAGUCUGGAGACACCCCUUUGUCUCAGAGAUCUCUAUUCCAGUCCAAUGGGGAGAGUUCAAAGCUAGAGUCUGGGGUCCUGAUCAUGGUUAUCAUGGUUAUCCUGUGCUGUGCCUGCACGGCUGGGCUGACAACUGUGGUUCAUUCAACAUUCUCAUUCCACUUCUACCCAAAGGUGCAAACAUUGGGGCAAUGUGCUCUAUAUCCUGAGAUGGUGGAUGCCGUCAUACUACUGGACAAUUUCAGAAAUGUACCAAAAGAUCCAACAGAAAUAUCUACAACAAUCAGGAAGAGGAUACCUGAGAUGCUUGAGAAUGAGAGGACAGAGGAGCAAAGAAAAGUUUACACUUAUGAGGAGGCAAUGAAGAGGCGGUUGGCCACAAACCCAAGCGUGUCUGAACAGUCUGUCCACAUCCUGUUAGAGCGAGGUCUAACUGCAGUCGAAGGGUUUGUGUUCUCCAGAGACAUGAGAGUCAUUUAUAGCAGACAAAGGCCUUUAUUCUUUUCAUGAUUCAAAACAAAAGGAAAGGGACUCCACACUUCUGCAAAGAUACUGUGACAGAAAU